AGCGUAACAGUCUACUGUCUCCCAAAACCCGAACACCGCGACCAUCGAUUCGACCCCGUUAGUUUCUUUAUCCAUCACACUGUUGGGUCCAGAUUUCAUCAGAGCCAACAAUUAUUUGCCUACGAUCUUACUAGGACCCAACUUUUGAGCCCCUUGACCCCUGAUCGCGCCAUUACAUCACAGCUCCAGCUUCAUUAAAAUCCAAUACAUCAGAGCUAUCUAAGCUAUUGAAUGCGCACACACCAACCAAAUCAUUCAAUCCAUAUGUCUGCUCCAUCAAUCCCAAAUCUUUUGUCUCUUCGAGGCUCUAGAGGAGGUUCUCGCGGUCGCGGUCGUGGACGAGGAGGACAUUCACAGUCUGCAGGCCUCAGCCACGAUGCGACUAUUCAAGGAACAGAUACAGAUGCAGCUGUAUCACGGAUGAGUGCCGUUGAUCUCGGGUACCUGCAAGAUCCUUUCGCACAAUUCUUCGUGCAAAAUUCCGUUGGUGGCGCCAUACGACGACUGCCAAUUAUAAAUAGAGGGACUUAUACCCGGACUACUGCGCUGGAUAAGCUGAUAUCUUCGUUUUUAACGAGUACCGCAUCGCAAGAACGACAAAUUAUCUCACUUGGUGCCGGAACAGACACAAGGUGUUUCAAGCUAUUCUCUGAUCCAAAUCAGACUGGGCUCAUUUAUCAUGAGAUUGAUUUUCCAGCAAUUGCUACGAAAAAGCUACAGCUCGUGAAUGCCAAUCCCCAAUUAAGAUCCAUCAUAUCUAACCCACAGAGCGAGAACGGCGGUUGGAGUAGUGCAAGUCUACAGAAUGGUUGCCAAUACCGAUGCCACGGGUUGGAUUUAAGAAACUUAAUCAAUGAUGAUGCUAAAACCCUUGCCGGUGUACGGGCGGACAUCCCAACCAUUUUGAUAUCGGAAUGCUGUCUGUGCUACCUAGAAACCCCGGAAGUUGAAAGGGUGAUCAAGCACUUUACUGAAAAGAUACCAAACCUUGCCAUCAUCAUCUACGAACCAAUUCAUCCCAAUGAUUCUUUCGGCAGGCAAAUGGUAUCUAACUUGGCUGCUCGACGAAUACGUAUGCCAACUGUAGAAGUUUAUCAAGAUGCCGCCAAACAACAGUCUCGACUACAAGAAGCAGGAUUCGACUCUGUUAGAAGUCUGACUAUAGGAGGAAUUUGGCGCAAAUGGGUCGUGGAAGAGGAGAAAGAGAGGGUUGAUGAUUUGGAGGGACUUGAUGAGGUCGAAGAGUGGAAUCUUCUAGCAGAUCAUUAUAUCGUGGCCUGGGGUUGGAGAGGAGAUGGCUUUCAGCAAUGGGAAACGGUCGCAUGAUGGGGAUGAAUGAACAAAUAUUCAUGAGCAUAAAUGCCUUCUUUUAUUGCUCAAAGAACAUGUAGCACGCAGAAUGAGAGAUGUUAUUCCCAUUUUAAAAUCAUGCUCUUGUUGACCCAAUUCUAGCCCCCUUCAAGCACUUAUCAUAGUGAUGUGAAAA